AUGGUGUCUGCAAACUCCAAGCAUGGGGGGAAGAAUUCUUCAGUAAUUCAACAAAAUCAGGCUCUGAUACCAAUUCUAGUUAGUCCGGUACCAUGGAGUUUUGAGAUAUCAAUCAGCAACACCCAAAAAAGAAGAAAAGUAGAUUACGGUCCUUUUAUUCUUCUAUUGGGCGGAUUAAAAUUAAAAUAUUAUAUUAUAAGGAAUAGUCAAAAGGGAAAGCUCAACCAGAAGAAACAGAGCUUCCUCUGCUUUUCGUAUUCCUCGUCGUCGUCGUCAUCAGCAUCAUCAUCUUCAUCUUCUUCCCCGUCCUUCCGGAUCAGCCAGAACAAAGGUUUCAUCCCACAGUCUCUGCAGAGAGAGAGAGAUGCUGGUGGAGCUAUUCGUGCUGGGGUGCACGGGGGUUGUGGUGUUCCUCCACGGAGCCAGUUUCUUCUUCCACGCACUCUCCCAACACCUCGCCAUUCGAUCCCUCAGCUUCUUGGGCUUUGUCGGCUGGUAGAUAUAGAUAGCUUUGGAAAGAGGAAGGAAAAAGGUAAGAGAGACAGUUUGGCAUCAAUGGAAGAGAGAUUGGGACCUCCCCAUUGAGUCCCCUUGUAGAUGAUUGAUGUAUCCUCUUCUUUUUCUCAAUGAUGCCGUCGGAGCAAUUAUGUAUAAGUAGGCCGCAAGAAAGUUCAUUUUAUGUGUAUUUACAAAAGAAAGUACAUUUAUGUGUACUUAAUUGAUAAGCUGAAAGAACUAAUUUAUCAUCAAUAAAAAAAAUUAGGUAUUAACCAA